AGCAAUCCCUCCAACUUCAAAUUUCGUGUAGUAGUAGUUUCUUUUUUCAGUUUUCCCCUCUCAUUUCACACGCUUCUUCAUUUCUGAGUCAAAAUUGGCGGAGAAACCUAUUCGGAGGUAUGUGUGAGAGUUGAAUUUGAGUUUCGUCCCAACUGAAACGAAAAUUCCUGAACUUCAAGCAAAUUUUUCACAAAAUGAACCAUCAGAACUAUUCGAUUUCUGAUCAUGUUUCAGUAGAUGACGGUCAGUUUGAUCUGUUUCCAUGUUUACCGGUUGAAGUUUCGUGUAUGAGGAUUAUAUUUGAUCUUCAGUUUCCUGGAAGGUAGUUCUGUUGAAGCAAAGGUCGUCUACUAAAAUUUCUGUGAAAUUUCUCUAACAAAGACAUCGAAAUUUCAAUUGAAUUCGGAUUCUUCCCUUCCCCUGCUUUUGGGAUCGACAAUGGAUACGGAGAGGACAAGGAGCACAGUGUAUGUAGGUUUGAAGAGAAAUUCUAGCACGUCCGGAAGUACAGCAUCUUCGAUGUCAGAAUCAGCCGGUGUGGAUUUCCGGAGGCCGCAGAAUUCCACAACCAAAGCUGCAGCUCAGAAGCUUGCGCAGGUCAUGGCACAUCGACAAACGGAGUACGAUGAUAAUGAUGAGGACGAUGACGAUGACGACCUAUCUUUGGAUUACAAUCCCACCGGAAGCAUUGUUCUUGCAUCCAGGAGCAGAAUGUGGUCUUCUUCUCCUGCGCUAGGUUGUAACUAUCUAGAACAGACUCCAUCUUCUCACUUUUUAUCAGCUAGCCGAUCAUCUCUUGCAAUCAACUCUGCAGCUCGCUUUACAUCAGUUGGUCAAUCAUCUUUUGCGGCCAAUUCUGUAAAGCAACCUUCAUCUGCCCAUUCUGCAUCAGCUGCCCGACCAUUUCAAGUAGCCAAGACAGUACCCAUGGUACCAUCCAGUAUACAGUUAUCAUUAAGGCCACCUACUUUUGUGUCUCCAUCAGAUCCUUCCACUGACCAUCAAAGGGAUAGAAGGCCAUCAGUAGAUUUGGGGAGUUCAAACUUGAGAGAAACUGGGAAUCUGCCUUCUAUUUUUGCCCUUCAAGAUGAGCUUGAUAUGCUACAAGAAGAGAAUGAAAGUAUAAUCGAAAAGCUUCAACUUGCAGAGGAGAGAUGUGUGGAAGCAGAGGCCAGAGCUAGACAGUUUGAGGAACAGGUUGCUUCAGUUGGAGAAGGCUUAUCUUUUGAGGCCCGUCUCUUAAGCAGGAGGGAGGCAUACCUGCUGCAAAGGGAGGGUGCUUUGAAAGAUGCAGAACAGACUCAUGAUGUUAAAAAUGUACAGGUUUCAACCCUUCGAUUAGAAGCAGAGACUGCAAAGGAUGAGGCAGAAUCUUCUUUGGAACAACUCCAUGAGGCUGAAUAUGAAAUUAAAUCUCUUCAGACGUUGACACAGAGAUUGAUACUCUCUCAGGAAGAGAUGGAAGAGGUGGUUCUUAAGAGGUGUUGGCUUUCUCGACAUUGGAAUUUAUGUUUUCAAUAUGGUAUUCAUGCAGAGAUUGCUUCAGAAAAAUAUGAGUUUUGGUCAUCCUUAGCCCCUCUUCCUCUUGAAGUUGUAUUAUCCGCUGGACAGAAAGCCAAAGAGGAAAGCUCAGUAGAGAAAAAUGAUGUAGAGGAAAGGGAUAAAGAUCCACGUGACUUGAAUGAACUAUCUGGAGAGGGAAAUAUUGAGAGCAUGCUUUUAGUUGAAAAAGGAAUGCGGGAGCUAGCUUCACUAAAGGUUGAGGAUGCUGUAAUGCUUGCAAUGGCUCAACAUCGCCUGCCUCAUUUAUUGAAGUAUGAUCAACGAGUCUCAGGUGCAGAUGAUCUGAAGCUAACAGUGGAUAAUCAACUUCUUCUAGAAGCAUGCGAACUGAGCGAGGAGGAAUCUCAAGAUGUGGCUUUCAAACAAGCUUGGCUUAUAUAUUUCUGGAGGAGGGCAAAAAAUCAUGGAUUGGAACAGGACAUCACGGAUGAGCGUUUGCAAUUUUGGAUCAUCAACAGUACUAGGUCACCCACCCCAUAUGAUGUAGUUGACGUUGAGCGAGGUCUAAUGGAGCUAAGGAAGUUAGGGAUUGAAACACGAUUGUGGGAGGAAUCCCGCAGAGUAAUCGACCCAGGUUUCUCCCAUUCCAAAAUCUCAUUCGACUCCUAUUUGUGAUUAUCACAUCAUGUAGUCAAUACUGAGUUCAUUUUCAUUCUCAUGAUCUCAUCUCUUUCCUCUCAUGUCUAUGUUUCUUCCAUAUUAAGGCUGAAACGCAGUACGCAGGGAAUCAAGACUGAUUAUAAGAAACUUCAUUCUAAUCAAUUUUUUUGUAUGUAAUUUGUACACAUCCGAUAUGUAUUGAAAUCGGUCACCGCCAGUACCAUUGGCCGAUAUGAUACAAUAACAAUAAAUUUAGCCUUAUUCCUACUGAA